AUGUCACUAAUAGUCUGGCAGCUUGGGUUCGAUGAAAGCAACAUCUACGCGUUCCGCACUUCGCGGUUGAAAUUGAAACCACGUACUGAACAACUAAUAAAAAUCAAAACUACGAAGGAGAUUGAAAGUUUAACCGGAGAAGGUAAGAUAGGACCUCUGGUGAUCGGCGAAGAACGCGAUAGUACGGAACCCACGCACACACCAAACUCGCAAACAAGCACGGGACAUGGCGAGGGACACAUCUUGCUUCGGACGCCACCUAAUGGCGAGACCAGUCCAGCCCAGUCGCUUGGCCGAAAGCGGCGCUCAACCGCUAACCGGUACCAGUGGCUUACUUUCCCGAUGCGUCUAAACAAUCAAGAAACUGGACUUUUUCUAACUCCGCACGUGGGAUUUCCUUUGCAACAGCACGAAGUUCUCAGCAUUGAUGAAAUAUUACUCCGUUUUACGACGGAAGCUAGCAAGCGUUUUCAAGUGCGGUUCUCCUGGUUUCUGAAACACCGAUCAUCG